AUCUGUUGUGCCGUAUCAGACGGGCGUUCCCUGCUCCUCUCCGCAUGCUUGGUGGAAUCCACAGAAGCACGGCUGCUGGAACGGGACGUCCUGGCAUCGCGGGUUCGAGAGGUGGAGGAAGAGAACCGGCAGAUCCGACUCCAGCUGAGCCAAUCGCAGGGCCUGGCUGCCCAGCCUGCCGAGGGUAACUAUGGCAACCAGCAGUGGGUGGCAUCGGCAGACACCGGUCCAGAAGACGUGGAGAACACAGCCGAGGAACGGGCCAAUCACAGCGAGUGUUCUCGCUCGCCCACCGCCGAGAAGUGUGAGUUGAUUCACGUGGCAUGUGUGUGUGCGGGUCACAACGCCAGUCGGGACGUGGUCACUCUGGUCAAAUCCAUCCUGUUCCACAGGAGAAACCCACUUCACUUUCAUUUCAUCACAGAUACAGUGGCCAAUCAGAUCCUCAGCACUCUGUUCCAGUCGUGGAUGGUACCGUCCGUGCAAGUCAGCUUCUAUGACGCUGAUGAACUCAAAUCGGAGGUGUCAUGGAUACCAAACAAACACUAUUCAGGAAUUUAUGGCCUGAUGAAGCUCACACUCACUAAAGCUCUGCCGUCCAACCUUUCAAAGGUCAUUGUCCUCGAUACAGACAUCACCUUCGCCACUGACAUCGCCGAGCUGUGGGCCAUCUUCCGGAAGUUCACAGAGAAACAGGUGAUUGGUCUGGUGGAGAAUCAGAGCGAUUGGUACCUCGGUAAUCUGUGGAAAAAUCACAAACCCUGGCCAGCCCUCGGACGAGGCUUUAACACAGGUGUGAUUUUGCUCUACAUUGAGAGACUGCGGCGGAUCGGCUGGGAACAGAUGUGGAGACUGACGGCAGAGAGAGAGCUAAUGAGCAUGCUUUCUACAUCCCUGGCAGACCAGGACAUAUUCAAUGCAUUCAUAAAACAGAACCCAGUUCUGGUACAUCAGCUGCCGUGCUUCUGGAACGUACAGUUAUCGGAUCACACUCGCUCUGAACAGUGCUACACCGAGGUGUCAGAUCUAAAGGUCAUUCACUGGAACUCUCCUAAAAAGCUGAGGGUAAAAAACAAGCACGUGGAGUUUUUCCGUAAUCUUUACUUGACGUUCCUGGAGUACGAUGGGAAUCUUCUGCGACGGGAACUCUUCGGCUGUCCCAGUCAGGCCAGCUCUGAGAGCACAGCGCUUCAGCAAGCACUAGAGGAGUUAGAUGAGGACGACCAGUGCUAUGAUUUCCGGAGGGAGCGAAUCAUGGUGCACAGGGUGCAUCUGUACUUCCUGCAGUAUGAAUACACACCUACAGAUGACGGCACGGACAUCACGCUGGUCGCGCAGCUCUCCAUGGACAGACUGCAGAUGCUGGAGGCCAUCUGUAAACACUGGGAGGGCCCCAUUAGUUUGGCCCUGUACAUGUCUGAUGCCGAGGCCCAGCAGUUCCUGCGUUACGCUCAGGCCUCUGAAGUCCUCAAGAACCGCAAAAAUGUGGGCUAUCAUAUCGUCUAUAAGGAGGGUCAGUUCUACCCUGUCAAUCUGGUACGCAAUGUGGCGCUCCGCAACGUCAACACACCCUACGUUUUUCUGACUGAUGUGGAUUUUCUGCCCAUGUACGGCCUCUACGAUUACCUCAGAAAAAGUAUAGUCCAACUGGACAUGGCCAAUACAAAGAAGGCUCUGGUUGUGCCCGCCUUUGAGACGCUGAGAUAUCGCCUCUCCUUCCCCAAAUCCAAGGCCGAGCUGCUGUCUAUGCUGGACAUGGGGACUCUCUACACCUUCAGGUAUCAUGUCUGGACAAAGGGUCACGCGCCAACCAAUUAUGCCAAGUGGAGAACAGCCACGACGCCAUACAAGGUGGAGUGGGAGGCAGAUUUUGAGCCGUAUGUUGUGGUGCGACGAGACUGUCCUGAGUAUGACCAGAGAUUUGUUGGCUUUGGCUGGAACAAAGUAUCCCAUAUCAUGGAGCUUGAUGCUCAGGAGUACGAUCUUAUUGUGUUACCAAAUGCCUUCAUGAUCCACAUGCCCCACGCGCCCAGCUUUGACAUCUCAAAGUUUCGCUCCAGUCCGAGUUACCGCUACUGCUUGACGACUCUGAAGGACGAGUUCCACCAAGACCUUUCUCGGAAGUAUGGUUCUGCUGCUCUCAAGUACCUCACAGCACAGAGGAACAUCUAAACACUGUUUCAAAUGUACUUCAGCACACAGGAGAAUGGCUCGGUCUAGUCAUUUGAGGCUCAACAGCCAACAUGCUGCUCUGCUACAUGUCACGGUGUCUAGAGGAACGAAGCUGAAGCCCACGUCUCUGCUGAAGACUAUGAAAUCAAAGCUUUAAUUCUUCUUUUUGAUAAGUCAUACAGCAGAGAACCGUGAAAAACCAAUGACAUCAGACUGGUGGCGAAAACUCGACCAAACAUGCUUGAACUGCUUAAAAGCGCAACAAAAGACAUUGGUAGACGUUUGCGAUGACCCACUUGCUUUAUAGCCUAAAAUGAACGGUCACGAUAAAGACCUUUUUUUUUGACAAUCAGGGCUUUUUCUUCACUAAAGAUCUACGGCUAGCGGUCCAUGGCGCUACGCAGCUUUGAACCAUCUGAAACCAUUCGAUGGAGUAUCGAAAGGACGAUAACUGAAUGAGCUUUCCAAAGACUCUUCUGCUGGACUGAAGUGUGGGGAGGCCAUCAAGACGAGGGACUUUUAAGCCUUAUAAUUUCACGGAUAUUUAAAAUAUUUAAAAAUAUUUUUCUUUGUUUUUUAAUGAAGACAAAACAACCUACAGCCUACGUAUGUUUUACUAUAUAGAAUCGAAAAUCGCAUUAUUUUUUAAUUUAGAAACACUGAUUUGCUUGUAGCGAGGUUGAAUGCUCGAUAGGGGUGCGAGGUUUCGGUGAGAAAUGAUCAGUGUGUUUAACUGCUGCGUUUAGAAUUGUCACAUAACAAAUGGCGCAUAUUAUGACGUGCUUAAACAGUGUACACCAGGACGCUUUCCUGCCCUGAACUCAAAUCACUUUUCUCACUUUUCAAAAAAAAAAAAAAAUUGCACUACAUACUGUUACAAAAACAUGACUAUAUGUACAUUUGCAUUGAGAUCCACCCAAGGGACCAUUAAAAAAAAGGAGGCAUCCGUUGACUGAAUGAAUAUUUGUUGACACUUCCUGUUAUUGAAAACAAAUAUUUAUCUUGUAAAAUGUCACAUUCUGGUCAGCCCUGAAAUAAGAAUCCAAUGUCCAAUUCAGCAUCAGUAACUCAAAGAUGUAU